UCAUUUUCCUCUUCGAUUCCCCACACAGCUCUGGAGAACUGAAGGUUCAGUGGGUGUCCUCCGAUCCAACGACCAAGCCAGGUUCUUCUUUUACACCCAAGAACUUUAGAGUAGAUGUCAGCGAGCUACCGACCUCUGGAGGACACAGGCCAGCCCUGCAGGUGUCCAAUUCUGAGCAGGGUUUGUUGUAGCGCUAUGAGGAGAAACAGUCCCUGACAGUUUUACCUCCCUAACCCACGGGAGUGAAUGCGACUCUCUCUUCAGAAUCCACAGAGACUUUGCACAGCCAGGACGCGAGCCUGUGCUGUUAACUCCCCCUAGACACCAGCUGGCUGUGUUUUUACUAGGCGAGCCACUUGGGGACCCCGUUAAUAUAUUGUUUAAUUUGUUAUUUAAAGCUUGUUGAAUGUGCCAAAUUCACCAACAAUUAGAAAUUGUACAAUUCGACUGUACAUUGCUACAGUGCAGAAUGUACUUUAAUACACUGUUCAAGUAACAACAAACAAAUGAAUGGCACACUGAAUGAAUUUAGUGUCUUGUAUCUGAGUUUAGUUAAGGAAACGAUACUCUUAUGUAAAAACAAUUGUACUAUGGAACACAAAACCUUUUAGCAAUAUGCAAUAAAAACAUGAGGUACUGGUACACUAUUAAAAGUGUCAUAUUAAAAUGUUAUCCAUAAACCUGUCUCCUGAUUUGCAUUUAGACAUAUACUGUAGAUACAAUUUAUUUGGAACAACUGCAGUUAUUUUUUGUUAUUUAUUUGCUAUUGUAACUAAUUUUAAAACAUACAUUUAUACAAGUGAUUUAUUUUAGCAGAGUGGCUAGGGUGCCUUCCACUGACCUUUUUGCUGAGCUAGGGAUUCAUGUGUUAGUAUGGGAUUCUUGCACUGGAAAGAAUUCCUAAUCACGGAGUUGUCAAAGACAGCCAUUGUUCUGUGUGCUCUGACCAUGUGGGUCAGCUACAAGUGCCUUCGUAUCCUCCAGAGCCAAGAGCUGGCAAGGAGACAGGACUGGGCUGAGUUUCCUCUGAGGAUCAGGAAAAGCAUUUCUGAAUAAUUUUUUCAUUGCUGAUUGCCUCGCAGAAGAGAUUCUUCUUUCAUAACAGGAAUGUCUGUGGAAGGUGGAGGGAGGCUGGUUAUACACACUGGCUCAUUAUAACCCAAUAGACCCAGGGUAUUGAAUCCUGUAUCGGAGUGGGAGCUGCAAGUUGGGGGGGGAAAAGGAAAAAAAAAAAAAAAAGACUGGCUGGGACCCGUGUGGAAUGGUUUCAUCCAAAAAACUAAAUGAAUUGCUUAUAAGCUGAAUACCUUGAGCUGAGUUGUUGCUUUUCAGUGCGGCCUGUGUACAGUUGAACCAUGAUUCGUAAACAGGAGGCUGAAGACCUAGAGAGCCCCAAGCGCAGCAUUCGUGACAGUGGCUACAUAGAUUGCUGGGACUCUGAACGCAGCGACUCCCUCUCGCCACCCCGGCACGGCAGAGACGACUCCUUCGACAGCCUGGAUUCGUUUGGCUCACGUUCGCAUCAUACUCCCUCUCCCGAUGUGGUGAUCUUGGGCAGCAGCGAUGGUCGCGGUAGUGACUCUGAAUCGGACGUGCCACACAGGAGGAUGCCAGACAUGAGGAAAGAUGACAUGCUGGCUCGGAGGACAUCUUGCAACGAGCCAAGAUCAGCAAUGCCUUUCAAUCAGUACCUGCCCAACAAGAGCAACCACACGGCCUAUGUCCCCACUCCUUUGCGCAAGAAGGCGGCAGAACGACAGGAGUACCGGAAGAGCUGGAGCACCGCCACGUCACCCAUCGGGGUCGAGCGGCCAUUCAGCCACCCUGAAACAAUAGAAGAAGAACACUGUGAAACUUCUGGUUGCUGUGAAGACGACGGCAGUUCACGUGCAGAGCAAGAGGCCGGCCACAGAGCAGUGAAGUCUCAGGUUGAUAGUGUUCAAUGUCAAGAAAUCGGAAGAAGCCAUUCCCAAACUGAUAGGCCGAAGGAAAGCCUACCGCACAAGUGGGAGGGAAAGCAGGAGGAGGAAGUGAAAAGUCUGCAAAGACUUGAGAAGGCUGGCAUCAGGGUCUUGCCAGCAUCAGUGCGCUGCAGCAGAUACAGCCACACAGCUUCUGUGUCUGAUGAUGCAGAAAGUAUGAGCAUGAUCGAUAUGAGGUGUGAGGAUGAGGCGAUCCUGCAGCCGCACAGCAAGGCUCGCCACGAGCAUCUGCAUGAUUUACACAACCGCCUGUUAGAAGAAGAUGAUAAGUGGCAGGAUGACCUGGUCCGCUGGAAGAACAGAAGGAGAAGUGCAUCUCAAGACCUUAUAAAGAAAGAGGAGGAGAGGAAGAAGAUGGAGAGGUUAAUGAGUGGCGACAGUGGCUUGUCAGAAAGGAGGAAAAGCAUCAAGACCUACAGAGAGAUUGUCGAGGAAAAGGAGCGCAGAGAGAGGGAGCUUCAUGAGGCCUACAGAAACGCAAAGAGUCCUGAGGAGGCCGAGGCCAUCCUGCGCCGCUAUACUCAGCGCUUCACCGUCAGCGAGGCCGUCCUGGAGCGGCUGGAGAUGCCAAAGUUCCUGGAAAGGAGUGUAUCUGUGGACUCGGACACCCCUUCUUCCCCCACUAAGGAGGCCUCCAACCCCAUGAAGUACCUGCGGCAGAAGUCCCUGCCAGCCCCCAAGUUCACAGCUACUGUGGAAGCCACCAUCUCAGUGGCAUCCCAGCCUCAAGUCAGUUCCACAGAGGCCGCUCUUACUAGAACUGUUUCCAGCAAGGCAGUGCCUAUUCUGAGCCCCAAGCCUUACUCGCAGCCCAAGAGCUCCCAGCCAGCACUGAAGUCAUUCAAGGUGGAUGGAAUGGUGAGAGUGAAUGGAGAAACCGGUGAACCGUUCAGCGGGGUAGAGGAAGAAAAGAAAAGUACAUCUGUAAACAUUUCCUCGGCCAAAUCACAGGGGAUGGAAAGUGCAGACGCAGUGAAUACGUCACCAGUGGACGACGUAAUCCAUACAUGUCCGUUCAAGUCUCAAGAGAGUGCCAUGGUUAAUACAUCUUCAUUGGAAAGCAGGGUCGAUGUGUCUGCAGCAAAGUCGUCAGAGCAACAGGGGCCGCAUGUAUCCCUGGUAACUUCACAGGAGGAUACGUUCGGAAAGGACUCUGCACCAGCAAAGCCAACAUCGCUCCCAACUGAUCCGUGCAGAGAGAACCUUGUGUCUGAAAAACAAGGGUUUUAUUCAAACACCCAGCAAGAUAAGGAGGAGACAGAGACGACACAAAAAGAGGAAGAGCAUGUUGUUCAGGCCUUAGAAACUCAGAGCAGGCCUGUUGAGAGCAGUGUGGUGACUCAACAGAGUGACGCCGACAGCAAGAACUUGUCAAGAGAAGGACACCUAAGUAUGCCAGAAAAUAUGAACUGUCAGAGCACUGUUGUACUGAACACAGUACAGCAACCUGAACAGGAAACGGAAGACGGAUUUGACAGCGUUGCAUCAGAGAAGAAGCAAGUGACUCUCGCUGAAAUGCAGAUGCCACAUCUGCCAGCUGAAGAAGAUUCUGGUCCAAGUGAGGAAAACUCAAAAACACCAGCCCCUCCAUUCACUCUGCCUAAACGCAAUGACUACUGGUCUUGGGACCCAGAGGAGGAGCGCAAGCGUCAGGAAAGAUGGCAACAAGAGCAGGAACGCUUGCUUCAGGAGAAGUACCAGCGGGAGCAGGAGAAGCUAAAGCAGGAGUGGGAGAGAGCCCAGAAAGAGGUGGAAGAGGAGGAGCGCCGGUACCAUGAAGAGGAACGUAAAAUUCUGGAGGAGACGGCAGCCCCUUUAACACCACGUUCAUCAACGCUGUCCUCCCCCAGCCGCGGUGAGCAGCCUCUUCUAACCCUGGACCCCGAGGGCGCUAUAGUGAGGUCGCUGGCAGACUGGGAACGCAAGCAGGAGCUCCUGGAGAAACAGGCACAGAGGCCUAAGGCAGAAGGUUGUGAGAAGAUUGAAAUGCAAAGGGAAACUACUGAUCAGCCAGCUAUUGCCAAUAAACAGGAGCCCACUGUGAAGGCAGACGAACAAGUGAAAGUGACAGAAAGUUCAUACAUUUGCCACACAGAAACGCUCGCCCAGAGCCAGCAAAACGGUCAAAAGCUUCUUUCAGACAACAGUCAGCCGGCAGUAUCUGAACUUCAGUUCAUUCAGGAUGCAGCAUGGAACAACCAGCAGCCCCUUACGAAGCAGCCAGAGGAAGUUUGGAGAAAGACAGCCUCUCUGGAUCGAAACUGGAGUCAGACCUCUGUCUCGGGAGGAAUGAAAAGGUCUGGGUCCUAUGAAAAUUUACUGGCAACCACAUCUAAGUCAUCUCCAUGUUCACCUAAUUUUCAAACCCAGUCACCCAACAGGUCUAUCAGUGGAAAGAAACUAUGUUCUAGCUGUGCCCAGCCCCUUGGAAAAGGAGCUGCCAUGAUCAUAGAGACACUUGGCCUCUACUUUCACAUUCAGUGCUUCAAGUGUGGAAUCUGUAAUGGACAACUGGGAGACACACCCACAGGGACAGAUGUCAGGAUUCGCAAUGGUAUUCUCAACUGUACUGAGUGUUACAUCAGAUCCCGAACUGCUGGUCAGCCCACAACAUUGUGACACCAGCUUGAAAUCAGUUGACAGUAAGUGUGACUAAGAAGACUUCUCAUGUUGACAGCUACUUACCAGACAAUCGCCUGCAAUAACACCCACCCAUGGACCUUUCCUUGUGGAAAUACUAAUCACGUUUAAUAACCUGUGUUAGUAUUUUCUGACAGCUAAUACCAGACCUGCAAGCUAGAUUUAAAUCAUGACAACCAUAAUGUUUCACUUUAUUUGUAGAGAAAAUAUGUGGUUGAGAAAUUCACAAGCGUGGAUGAAUAUUCUCUGUUAAAAUCAACAUAUUUAUCUAGUGUUCCGUGACUUGUAAGUAAUGGUUCCCUGGCUUGUAACAGUUUCAUGUUCUAUAUAAGAUAAUAUUGGAACUUGAAGAUGCAAUAAUUAUAUCCCUUGUCUAUUAUAUUUAAGAAGUAAAGCAUAAUCUUAAAUGCGUGGGUUUUAAUUAAGCAAAGUAAAAGUAAUUAAAUUCUUGUUGAAUGUAUUAAUCCAACUAGAAUAAGUAUUUCACAUUUUAUGAAAAUACUGGGGAAAAGUGUGUGAUAUGGGGUUAUGUUUUGUUUUCACCUUGAAAUUUGGGAGUUUUGGUGAAUAAAAGAAACACAAUAAUAAUGCUAGUUGAUUAAUUAUUAUGCCUUUUAGUUCAUCACUGCCAUUCAGAAAACCAUUGUGACACACUCCAAUCAUGUGUGGUUAGCAAACCCGCAAUGUCUUGUUUAUGAGGAUUAAGUUAGAAUUGGUCAAGCAUCUGCAGUGUCAAUACUGCAACUUUUUGAUAUGAAGUGUGGCAAACAUAAGUGUAAAGGCAGUUUAAAUGUUUUCCUCUAAUGUAAAAAAUGUAUAAUACAUUGGAAAAAUAAAAUAAAAAUACAGCUGUUUUGGUUUGGAAAGUUAACAACUGGCCUUUUUAAAUGUAAAUUUGUAUUGCUGCUGAAAUUCCUAAUUUCAGUUAAUUAACUAAAUAUUAUAUUUCAUUUUCAAAAUAUAGUAUUUAAGAUUGUUUCAAUUGGAGCACUUACUUUGGCCUCUGGUUAUAGUCUCCAGAUUAUUUUGGAUGGCACCUGUUUUGAACCAGGUUAAGUAUUUAAUCUGCCUUGAAAUGUAAUAAAGCUCAGUUAUUUCAUAAUAAAUAAUAAUAAUAAUAAUAAUAAUAAUAAUAAUAAUAAUAAUAAUAAUAAAAGCAUUUUUAUUUUUAUCAGCACACAAAUAUACAUCCAUGGUUAUUUUAAGUGUCAAAGCUGGUAAAUAUGUUUUUUCUUUUAUCUAAGCAAUAGGUGUCUAAGUUGUCAAUUUAUUUAAACAGUAGGGAGAGGAUUUGCAUGCUAGCAGAGUGUUCAUUCAGAAAUAUGUUGCAAUGUUUACUGUAUGUAUGUGUUUGUUUGUUUGUUUGUUUGUUUCCGAACUAUUGUUGUAUUUUUCUUGUACAUUUGUUAGAAAGUCAUCCUGGAGACUUCAUUGCAUUAAACCUGUGCCUUAGAAAAGCAAGCGGUUGCACACAGUGGAAUGUUGUGUCUCUGGAGUAAAUCCAAAGACUUCAAGUCAAGCAAAUAACUCAGCAAAGCUGCAGUCUAGAAGGAAAUCGGAACAGUUUAAAAUUUACAGCAAAAAAUAUAUAUAUAUAAUUUUGCAAAUGUAAUGUCCAACGUUCUUCUGACUGUUCUAUAUGUUACAAGGUUGUCAUACUACAAUACAUUAUUGCACCCAACAUGUGACAUACGACUUUUGAAACACAAAUGUUUAUAACAAAAUAAAUUCUUACAUUGUAUAUAAUAA